AUGUCACCCUCCGCUGAGACACCAUCAACCGGCACAAGCAACGGCAGCACGCCGAACCCAGCACACAACCCCAACCAUGAAGAACACCAAUAUCUCAACCUCAUCCGUACGAUCCUCGCCUCAGGUGAAUACCGACCCGACCGCACAGGCACGGGCACACGCUCCAUCUUCGCACCCCCUCAGCUCCGUUUCUCGCUCUCCAAGCCGGCCCCCAACCCCGCCGACGACCCCAUCCCCGUCCUCCCCCUCCUGACCACCAAGCGCGUCUUCCUCCGCGCCGUCGUCGCCGAGCUCCUCUGGUUCAUCUCCGGUUGCACCUCGUCCCAACCGCUCUCCGACCAAGGCGUCAAGAUCUGGGACGGCAACGGCAGCCGCGAGUUCCUCGAUAAGGUGGGCCUGGGCCACCGCGAGGUCGGCGACCUGGGUCCCGUGUACGGGUUCCAAUGGCGACACUUCGGGGCCGAGUACGUCGACGCCAAAACCGACUACACAGGCCAAGGGGUCGACCAGCUGGCCGAGGUUGUGCACAAGCUGAAGCAUAACCCCUUCGACCGCCGCAUCAUCAUGAGCGCCUGGAACCCCGCCGACCUUAAGAAGAUGGCCCUCCCGCCCUGUCAUAUGUUCGCCCAGUUCUACGUCUCCUACCCCAACGGCCACGACCAGAAGGGCCACCUCCACUGCCAGCUCUAUCAGCGCUCGUGUGACGUCGCCCUGGGCGUGCCGUUCAAUAUUGCGUCCUACGCCCUCUUGACCCAUAUGUUAGCUCAUACUGUCGACCUGCAUCCUGGUACCUUCGUUCAUGCCAUGGGUGAUACCCAUGUCUACCUCGACCAUGUUGAGCCCUUGCAGGAGCAGCUGGUGCGGGAGCCAACCGAGUUCCCGGAGUUGAAGAUUCGUCGUGAUGACCGCGGUAAUGGGGUGGUCGAUGACUGGAAGCCGGAGGAUUUCGAGGUCAUCGGGUAUAAUCCUCACAAGGCUAUCAAGAUGAAGAUGAGCGUUUAG